AUGUGCUACACCAGGUUCCAAGACUGCGCUGGUCGGCUUCGGUGGUGUUGGCUUGCGAUUGAAUAUGCGUACCGAGCCCACGAGCAGUCCCCCGAAACAUGGGUUUUUUGGGCCCAUGCCAGUAAUGCCACCCGAUUUGAACAGAGCUACCAGGAAAUUGCAGAUACCGUCAAGCUGUUUGGGCGGCGGGAUCCCCAGGCCAACAUCUUUAAGCUUGUAUAUAACUGGCUGCGAGAUGCCAAGAAUGGGAAGUGGGUGAUAAUACUUGACAACGUCGAUGAUGCUGAAUUUCUUGUCAACGUCCACCAUGAUAGUCAGGGUCAUACAAGUCAACCACUGCGAGAGUAUCUCCCACAAAGCCAGAAUGGGUCCAUUCUAAUAACAUCACGGAGCAAGGAGGCUGCGUUGAAGCUGGUCGAACAGCGUGAUAUCAUCGCCAUUGAACCAAUGGAUAAGGCCCAAGCGCUAGAAUUAUUUGAGAAGAAGCUGGAGAAACAGGAUAAGAUGCAUGGUAUUACCGAGCUUGCAGCCGCGCUAGAGUUUAUUCCGCUUGCGAUUGUCCAAGCCGCGGCAUAUAUUUCUGACCCAGAUCGGGGUUGUUCAGUGCGACAGUACCUUGAUGAGUUCCAGAGAAGCGAUUACAAGAAGAUGAGUCUCUUGGAUCACGACGGAGGACAGCUUCGUCGAGAUUGGGAGACUAAGAACUGCGUUCUCAUGACUUGGCAGAUCUCAUUUGACCGUAUCCGUCAAACACGGCGAUCCGCUGCUGAUUUGCUGUCGCUGAUGAGUUUCUUCGACCGCCAAGGGAUACCCGAGGCCCUCCUUCAAAAUCGAAGCAGACAGGAAAACGCUGAGCAGAGUGAUCGCGACGAUGACGAAGGCAGUGAAUUACAGUCUAGCGUAACCAAUGAGUUCCAAAAUGAUGUUCUAGUGCUGCGAAGGUACAUGUUUAUCUCGAUCAGUGUGGAUAGAACAACGUUCGAAAUGCACAACCUGGUGCAGCUAGCGACGCGAAUGUGGCUUGAAGCGAAUGGGGAGCUGGAAAAGUGGAAACGGCAGUAUAUUCGGAAUCUAAAUUUGGAAUUUCCCACUGGAAAAUAUGAGAAUUGGGCACAAUGCCAAGUGCUUUUCCCGCAUGCAAAGUCUGCAGCCACGCAUCAACCGCAGGAACGUGACUCACUGCUAGAGUGGGCCUCGCUGAUGUAUAAAGCGGCGUGGUAUGACUGGAGAAAAGGGAAUAGAGCUGAGGGAGAGAAGCUGUCAGUUAUAGCAUUGAAAGCUCGGACAAAGUUACUGGGUCAGGAACAUAAAGAAACGCUGAGUAGUAUAGAAAUGACAGGGCUAAUAUACUCGCUUAAGGGCCGGUGGAAAGAGGCCGAAGAGCUGUUUGUGCAGGUGAUGGAGACAAGAAAGAGAGUGCUAGGUGCAGAGCAUUCAGACACGCUGUCCAGCAUGAACAACCUGGCAUCGAUAUACUGGAGACAAGGACGAUGGAAAGAGGCUGAAGAGCUGUUUGUGCAAGUGAUGGAGACAAGUUUGAAGAUGCAGGGUGCAGAGCAUCUUUCUACGCUGACCAGCAUAAACAACCUAGCAUCAACAUACCGGAAUCAAGGCCGAUGGAAAGAGGCCGAAGAGCUGGAAGUACAAGUGAUUGAGACGAGAAAGACAGUGCUGGGUGCAGAGCAUCCAGACACGCUAGCCAGCAUGGCUAACCUGGCGUCGACGUACUGGAGACAAGGACGAUGGAAAGAGGCCGAAGAGCUGUUUGUGCAAGUAACAGAGACAAGUUUAAAGGUGCUGGGUGCAGAGCAUCCAGACACACUGGCCAGCAUGGCCAACCUGGCAUCGACGUACCGGAAUCAAGGCCGAUGGAAAGAGGCCGAAGAGCUGUUUGUGCAAGUGAUUGAGACAAGAAAGAGGGUGCUAGGUACAGAGCAUCCAGACACACUGGCCAGCAUGACCAACCUGGCAUCAACGUACCAGAAUCAAGGCCGAUGGAAAGAGGCUAAAGAGCUGUUUGUGCAAGUGAUAGAGACAAGUUUAAAGAUGCAGGGUGCAGAACAUCCAUCUACACUGACCAGCAUGGCCAACCUGGCAUCGACGUACUGGAGACAAGGACGAUGGAAGGAGGCCGAAGAACUGUUUGUUCAAGUAACAGAGACAAGUUUAAAGGUGCUGGGUGCAGAGCAUCCAGACACACUGGCCAGCAUGGCCAGCCUGGCAUCAAUAUACCAGGAGCAAGGCCAAUGGAAAGAGGCCGAAGAGCUAUUUGUGCAAGUGAUAGAGACAAGUUUAAAGGUGCUGGAUGCAGAGCAUCCAGACAAACUGGCCAGCAUGAACAACCUGGCAUCAACAUACCAGAAUCAAGGCCGAUGGAAAGAGGCUAAAGAGCUGUUUGUACAAGUGAUGGAGACAAGAAAAAGAGUGCUGGGUGCAGAGCAUCCUAACACGUUAACUAGCAUGAACAACCUAGCAUCAAUAUACCAGAAUCAAGGCCGAUGGAAGGAGGCUGAAGAGUUGUUUAUGCAAGUGAUGGAGACAAGAAAGAGAGUGCUGAAUGCAGAACAUCCAGACACACUGACCAGCAUGGCUAACCUGGCAUCGAUGUACUGGAAUCAAGACCGAUGGAAAGAGGCCGAAGAGCUGGAGGUGCAAGUGAUAGAGAUGAGAAAGACAGUGCUAGGUGCAGAGCAUCCUGACACACUGACUAGCAUGAAUAACUUAUCCUUCACGUGGAAACAGCAGGGCCGCGGCGUGGAAGCCCUUAACUUAAUGAAGGAUUGUGUACGGCUACAGAGGAAGAUUUUGGGCGUUGAUCACCCUAAUACCUUAUCAUCCUCUGCGACAUUGACUAGUUGGUCUGGAGAAGUUGGAUGUUAA